AUGUCCGAUGAGGAUGUGCGUCGCCUGCAGCCUUUCCUUGUGGGAAUUCCCCUUGACAUCCGAAGUGCUGUGGCAAUGGAGAAUUCCAAAUAUUAUGGAACCAGAUUUGAACUUGGAACUCCAUUGGACUGGGCUGUCGAUGGCAGGAAUGUCGGUGUCAUUCGUAUGCUCCUUGAAUUGGGAGCAGAUUCAGCAUUGGAAACCAACAUGCGUCCCUCUGCACUCCACCGCGCUGCUGCACGCCACGAUAUUGAAAUCUAUCAUAUCAUCCUUUCACAAAGGCCUGACUCACGGGUUGACGUGUUUGGUUCGAAGGGAGAGUCACCUUCAUCCUAA